AGUACACCUUGGUCGGUUUUUCUGACGAGUUGGACUGGAGAGCCUUGCACUUCAUGGAACCCAUACCACCAAACAGAAUUUGCCAAGCAUGCGGACUUGUAACCAGGGUGACUACAUUUCUGCCUUGCUUGCAUGUAUUCUGCAAGAUGUGCUACGAGCAGUGCCAGAGUGGCGAAGAGCACUGCUGUCCCUUCGACGGUCAACGAGUCCAGAAAGGUGACGCCGAAUGGAGAGAGCUUCCUGCGGACAACUUGCUCAAACGAAUGGUGAAGUGUUGGAAUGAAGAUCGUGGCUGCGACACGAUUCUGGUUGCGUCAGAGCUGAACAAGCACUUCAGCAGAGAUUGCGACCACCACUCCACCUCCUGUUCGAGAUGCUCGUCACUCGUGCUUUGUAGGAAUAUGUUCGCGCAUAUCCAGAGCGAAUGCAAGGAGCACGUGGUAUCUUUGAAGUCCGGAGCUGCGCAUAAGAUCACCAGCGACCAGAAAGAGAUUAUUAUGGCUUUGAAUGCAGGCAUAAACGAGAGAGUAGCAAAAAUUGAAAGAGGGCUCGACCAAGUUGUUAGUGAAAAUACUGCUCAAAGUUACCGUCUGGUUGAGAUUUCCCAUUGCAUGAACGCAAUGAAAGAAACACUGCUAGAAAUAUCGAGCAGAAGCCAUACAUUGGAGAACGCUGCGUCGUCCUCUGCAGCAAUCUAUGAAACGCUGGUUGGCCAAAAUGAAAAGUUGCAUGAGCUUGCAGGAACGAUCAAAAGUUCGAAUGAAACACUGAAUGGCGCACUGGAAGGAACGAAGCUAAGUGUCGAGCAACUGAAGGAAAACACAGAAAACUCGUUGAAGGCUCAAUUAAGCGAACUCUUUAGUGGUGAGGGCGGCGUGCUAAGGAAACCUUUCGAAAGGAAUUGGAGGAUGCCACGAAGACAAUCUGCAGCAAAUACGCAGAAAGUGUCGCUAAGUCUGUUCACGUAAAUGAGCACGAAAAGCCAGCAGGUCCAGACGGAACAACUGAACAUCAGACAGUGGAUUCAAGUCCAGAAAGCGCUUGGUCAUGCGAGAUUUUGUAGAGGGAUUCAACGUAAUUGAGGACAGCGCACCGUGAAACGGCUAUCAUCUUUAUGGGACGGAAAAAUACGUAGGUGGUGGUGGUGGUUAUCAUGUUGCAGCAGGCGGGGUUAGCCUGGCCUGCAUGGCCCGCCAUUGUUCCGUCUGAGCAUCUCCUGAAUUUUAGGUGUCUGCUACCACGUGUUGGACAGCCCAGUGGCUCGCAGGAAGACCAGCAAAAUUCGUUGCACGCUCCUCCUCGUUGCCGCGGGCCCUUCAGGAAAAAUGUUGUCUUCAAAUGUCCGGUGCCCAUGACAACCUUUUUGCAAGCUGCGGACCAUCGCUGCUCUUUCCACAUAAAACUGCGGGCAACGCCAAAUAAAAUGUUCAAUG